GAAACUGCAAAAGCAAAUCAAUAUUCGUUUAGCAUAACAAUUAAAAAUUCCUGUAAGAUAUAUAUACAUAAAAACUCUAUAACAUUUUUAUUUCAUCUCUUUAUUUGACACCUAGUAAAUAUCGUUCAUAAUGGUUGAAGGAUCAGAUAGAUUUAUCGAUGGAUCAGAUGACACUGAAGACUCAUUCUACAAUGAUGAGUAUAUUUACAACUUCUUCACCUAUGAAUUUCCUAAUUUUGAUAAUUAUACAGUAUUGGAAAUACUUCAAGGUAUUUCUAUUGAAACAUUUCUCUUGUUACAAUUCACUACCAAUGAUGAAUAUAUCAAACAACUUCAACUUAAAGAUAUAAAUCCAAAUCCUUUAGAAUUUCUAUGUGGUCUGACCACUGAUGAAAUACCUGAAUUACGUCAAUCUGUAACAAAUUGUAUUAGUUAUAAUAAACCCCUAGGUCAUUCAAUUCCUAUUUCAAUCGAUUUUUUAUAUGGAAAUGAAAUCAAAUUACCUCGAUUUCUUGAAAGGUCGUUAGAGGUAAACUACUCUCGCCUUUUUAAGUUGCAAUUGAACAUAAAAGGAGAUUCAUCUAAGGUAUUGAAAAUUCUUGAAAAUUUUAAAUUUGCUGAUAAAGUUGAAAAAGUCGACUAUAAUUCAUGUAGAGAAGAAGACUGGGAAAAUCAGCUUAAUUUGGAUAUUUCAAAGUAUAUAAAUUUAAAACACUUCCGUGCAUGGCCAGAACAAAAUUUAACUAUUAUUUUACCCCAAUCAUCCAUUCAAAAUUUGACUUUUUUAUCUAUUAAAGAUGUAUAUAAUCCACAUUUGCUUGUUCAGCUUGAUAAUUUAAAAACUCUUGAGAUGGGUGUAGAAAAUUGUACAGAAUUUGACAUUAAAUAUUUACCACGAAAUUUAAAAGAGUUAAAUUUAAUGUGUAUGAAUGUAAUUAUUAAUAUUAACUCUGAUACUGAUUGGCCUCAACAGUUAGAAGAAUUACACUUUGGGGAUCUAAUGUUUGAUAGCUUUACCUUUGAAAAUUUACAACAUUAUAGUCUACCUCCAAAAUUACAACUUUUAGAUGUUGAGGUUUAUAGUGAUCUUAAUAUGUUUACACAAUUACCUGAUUCUAUAACUGAUAUGGAAAUUAUAUUAGGUCCAUGCUGUUUAGGAACUGAAAACAUUCUAAAAAUUCCCCUUAAUCUAAGAAAUCUAACCAUUACUGAUUGGUAUCUGGUAAGUUAUACUGAUACAAUUGAAUUUGAAAGUGCUUUGGAAAAAUUAAUCUUAAGAAAUGUUUCUUUCCCAUUACCUCAUUUCAAUUUCCAAACAUUAAAACAUUCCUUAAGAGAUUUAGAUAUAUCUGAAUUUCAACAUAAAAUUUCAUUAUAUCAUAUGAAUUUCAGUCAAUUUACAAGUUUGGAAAAGAUAAGUAUAUCAUCUUCUACUUUUGAAAGUUUAGAAAAUUUCAAGCCAGCACCUAGUAUAGAAUCUAUUUAUAUUUGCUAUAUCAUCAAUCACAGAUGAAUGUCCCUUAUUCAAUUCUCCAUUAGAAUUUCCAAAAUUAAUUGACAUAAAAAUUAAAGAAUGUGGUAUCAACUACUUAAGUCCAAACAUUCAAUUACCAAUCAAUUUGCAGCAAUUACGUAUUUAUGACAGAACCAUUAAAGAUUUUUCAUUAACAAAUUCUAUAAUUAAUCACCCAAAUUUAGAAUAUUUGGAUGUAGGAAUAAUACGUCUAUCCAAAUUUAUUCCCACUGACUUGGUACCAUUGAAAACUGAUUUCAAAUCAAAAUUUAAAUCAUUUUCAAUUAAUUAUAUCAAUUGUUCUGAUAGAGAAUUUGAUCAAUUAUGUCAUAGUUUGGAACAAUUAUAUAGAACAAAGAUUCGUCUUGAAUAUCAAUGUGUUGAGGAUCUAUAUUCUUACGUUGAUUUAGAAUGUGUUCAUCAAUAGAUUUAUAUGUAUAUAUUUAAGUUACAAUAUAGGUUUUA